GCGGGCCCUGGGCAGCGGCAGAGGUAGCUGCUGAAGAGAGAAGGCGAAGAAUAGAGUGACAUACCUCAAGAACAGGCAACAUGGGGUCGGAGACGGUGACAUGCUGAGAAAGCACAGGUCAACUUUGCUUUCUAAUGUGCAGUUUUAAGGACCAACAUGAGCUACUGGGUACAGCUCAGACUUCUCCUCUGGAAGAAUUUCACUUAUCGGAAACGGCAAACUAUUCAACUGGUUAUUGAGCUAUUAUGGCCUCUCUUUCUCUUCUUUAUCUUAAUCUCAGUACGCCAAUCCCACCCACCGUUUGAGCAACAUGAAUGUCAUUUUCCAAACAAAGCACUACCAUCAGCAGGGACACUGCCAUGGAUACAAGGAAUCAUCUGCAACGUUAACAAUCCUUGCUUCCAGUAUGCUACACCAGGAGAAACUCCAGGAGUUGUGGGAAAUUUCAACCAAUCCAUUGUUUCUCGGUUGUUCUCGGAUGCUCAGAAGGUAUUGCAUCAUGCCAACAGGGAACACAUUCUACAGAGCUUCCAUGAAUUCAUGAGCACGCUGAGAAAGCUGAUUGAUGACAUCCGUCCUUUGUCAGGUGUGCCACUAGGGGAGUAUUUAGAGAAGAAUCAAACCUUGUCCCAGUUCCUCACGAACAAUGCAUCACUUCCAAAAGAGGUGGUUAAUGACUUGAUGACGGCAAAGAUAAAUCUCGAUCAGAUAUCCCUUGCUGGUCUAAGGGAAAAUUUAAAGGAGGCUGUUUGCAACAUAUCCCACCACUCCGGUUUCCUAACUGUAAAGAACAAGAAGGCCUUCAACCGUUUGCACAAGCAUCUGUGUGCCUUACCAGAGGAGACGCUGCAAAAAGCAAGAAGUAUUUUCUUCUCAGAAAUCAACCUCUCCAAACUCUUGGCGGAGAGGAUUACAGCUAGUACUGGGAACAUACUUGAUGCAUCCAAUGCUUUGAACAAUAUAAUACGCCGAACUGGAAAUCUUGUUCAGCAGCUAUCCAACAUGACGAGUUUUUCUGAAUUCCGGGAUGAAAUUCAGUGGUUAACAAAUCCAAACACAACAGGAUCACCAAAAACGAUGUUUCAGGCCAUCUCGAAGAUUGUUUGUGGGCAUCCAGAUGGAGGUGGACUGCGCAUACCUUCACUGAACUGGUAUGAAGAUGAUGACUACAAGGCCUUAUUUGGUAGGAACAGCACAAAUGAUGGAAUGAUCACAUUUGACAAUUCAACACCACCUCAUUGUAAAGAUUUGAUUAAGGCUCUGGAAUCAAACCCAAUCUCUCGGAUUAUGUGGAGAGGCAUCAAACCACUUUUUGUGGGGAAAAUUCUAUAUACUCCAGAUACUCCAGCUACACUGAGGAUAAUGAAAGAGCUUAACAGAACAUUUGAGGAUCUUGGUUUGUUGCGAGAAGUGCGGGGAGCAUGGAAUGAAACUGGGCCACAGAUCUGGAAAUUUAUGGAAAAUAGCCAGGAAAUCCAUCUCCUGCAGGAAAUACUGAAGAACCCUGCAGUCUCCAGCCUAAUUGACCUACAGCUCAAUUCUACCUCUUGGAGUACAGCAAAUAUAACUAGUUUCUUGUCAAACCAAACUCAGGAGAGCGAAAAGUCUUACACGUGGAAGCAGGCUUACAAAGAAAUAGAUCAAAUGAUCAACUCUUUGUCACAAGUCAUUGAGUGCAUAUCCUUGAACAAAUUGGAAGCUGUCCCAACUGAAGAGAAGUUGGUGGUACGGGCCUUGCAGCUCCUGGCAGAGAGACAGUUCUGGGCUGGUGUUGUGUUUUUGAACGAGGAACAGAUGGGUACUGAGCUACAUAGUCUUCAGCCACACAUUAAAUACAAGAUCAGGAUGGACAUUGAUGAUGUCACUCGGACCAAUAAAAUCAAGGACAGGUUUUGGGACCCAGGACCUGCAGCAGACCCAUUUGACGAUAUGCGAUAUGUCUGGGGAGGAUUUGUCUACAUCCAGGAUUUGGUGGAGCAGGCAAUUAUUCGAGUACAGACUGGUGAAGAUAAGAAGACAGGGAUUUAUUUGCAGCAGAUGCCAUACCCAUGCUAUGUAGAUGAUGUAUUCUUGCGAGUUUUGAACCGUUCAUUGCCCCUUUUCAUGACGUUAGCUUGGAUUUACUCGGUUGCAAUGAUAAUCAAAGGGAUGGUUCACGAGAAAGAAGCACGACUGAAGGAAACGAUGAAGAUGAUGGGGCUGACUAAUGGAAUAUUGUGGAUCAGCUGGUUCAUCAGUAGCUUCAUUCCUUUCCUCAUCAGUUCUGCUUUUCUUAUUUUAAUCCUGAAGAAAGGAGGCAUUCUGCCAUACAGUGACCCCUCUGUAGUGUUUAUAUUCCUUGCAACUUUUGCAGUUGCAACCAUCAUGCAGUGCUUCCUGAUCAGCACCUUCUUUUCUGGGGCAAAUCUCGCAGCCGCAUGUGGAGGAAUCAUCUACUUCUCACUCUACCUCCCAUACGUCCUCUGCGUUGCCUGGAGAGACCAUGUCACCUACCCACUCCGAAUAUUUGCAAGCCUUUUAUCUCCAGUUGCAUUUGGUUUUGGAUGUGAAUAUUUUUCUCUCUAUGAAGAGCAAGGAAUUGGUAUUCAGUGGUUUAAUCUUGUUUCUAGUCCGGUGGAGGAUGACGCAUACAAUUUUAUUACUUCUAUCAUCCUUAUGCUGUUAGACGCUGUCUUGUACGGCAUUGCCACAUGGUACAUCGAAGCAGUGUUUCCAGGUCAAUAUGGAGUUCCCAAGCCCUGGUAUUUUCCUAUCCUCCAGAGUUACUGGUGUGGAGAACUAUAUUCAAAUGAGGAUGUGUUGCAGCAUUCUGCUAAUGGAAAUACUAAAAAAGUCCACCUGGAGAAGGAACCAACUCAUCUCAAACUGGGUGUGUCUAUCCAAAGGCUAGUGAAGGUUUACGGGAAUGGGAAGAAGGUGGCUGUUAAUGGACUUAGCCUUAAUUUCUACGAAGGGCAAAUCACUUCAUUCCUUGGGCACAAUGGAGCAGGAAAAACAACCACCAUGUCUAUUCUCACUGGACUGUUUCCACCCACCUCUGGUACAGCAUACAUUCUGGGUAGAAAUAUUUUCACAGAGAUGGAUACCAUCAGGAAGUCCCUUGGGAUAUGUCCACAGCAUAAUGUACUUUUUGACAUACUAACUGUGGAGGAACACAUCUGGUUUUAUGGAAGGCUGAAGGGCCUGACAGAGGAAGAGGUAAAAGAAGAAAUAAAACUGAUGAUAGAAGAUAUAGGUUUGGAACACAAACGUCAAGAACAAACGAAAAACCUUUCAGGUGGCAUGCAGCGAAAGCUUUCAGUUGCCGUGGCAUUUGUUGGUGGGUCAAAGGUUGUCAUUUUAGAUGAACCAACUGCUGGUGUUGACCCUUACUCACGCCGAGGAAUAUGGGAGCUCCUACUUAAAUACAGAAAAGGCCGCACCAUUAUAUUAUCAACCCAUUACAUGGAUGAGGCAGAUCUCCUUGGAGACAGAAUUGCCAUUAUCUCCCAUGGAAAACUCUGCUGCUGUGGCUCUUCACUCUUCCUCAAAAACCAUUUGGGAACUGGCUAUUAUUUGACAUUAGUUAAAAAGGAAAAUGAUAAGACAACACCAGCCAGCUCCAGUAGUACCACCAUCGGUAUGAGAAAGGAUGACAGUGAUUCUGAAAGAAGUUAUGAUACUGGGCUUGGCAGUGAACAGUUCAGUGAAACUGGUGCACUGGAUGUGUCAACUGUUUUAGCAUUGGUGCAGAAAUAUGUUUCUGAUACUCGUUUGGUGGAAGAUUUUGGCCAUGAAAUGACAUAUGUUUUACCCUAUACUGGGGCAAAAGAUGGUGCAUUUGUGGAACUCUUCCAGGAACUGGACAACCAUCUCUGUGAGCUCGGAAUUUCCAGUUAUGGUAUCUCGGACACCACCCUUGAAGAGAUUUUUCUCAAAGUGGCUGAAGAUACAGGAGUGGACAGCGAUGUUGCAGAUGGAAACGUCCCUAUUAAAAGAGUCAGAUGUUCAAGAUCGAGUGAGCAUACACUCCAGCCUGUCAGUGAGGAAGGGGACUUUGACUUGCCUGAUACAGAACAAGUAAGAAGGAAAGUACGAACAAAAGAAUCCAAAGAAACAGACUUCAUGCAUUGUGCGGACGGCAGAGGCUCAUACCAGUUGCGUGGUUGGGAGCUCACCAGACAGCAGUUCCACUCUCUGUUCAUCAAACGAUUUCUCUAUGCCAGACGAAGCCACAGGGGACUCUUCGCUCAGAUUGUGCUGCCUGCAAUGUUUGUCUUUGUUGCUCUACUCUUCAGUCUUAUCGUGCCUCCAUUUGGGAAAUAUCCAUCAUUAGAGCUGACUCCCUGGAUGUACGGAGAACAAUACACUUUCAUUAGUGAUGAUAUACCAGAGGAUUCCAGUACUCGUGCGUUGAUCAGUGCACUCCUCAGUGACCCUGGAUUUGGUACUACAUGUAUGGCAGAUGAUUUGAAUUUAGACGAACAUUGCUCACAAGGCAGUACUGAAUGGAUAACUCCCCUUAUCCCUGGAUCAGUUAUGAACAUUUUUCUCAAUGGUAACUGGACGAUGCAGAACCCAUCUCCGACAUGCGAGUGUAGCUCAGAGGAGAGUAAGAGGAUGUUGCCUGAAUGUCGACAAGGAGCAGGAGGGCUUCCACCUGCAGAGAUGCAUCGGAAUACUGGGGACAUACUUCAGAACCUAACGGGCAGGAAUAUCUCUGACUAUCUUGUGAAGACCUAUCCCCAAAUCCUUAGUAAGAGUUUGAAAACCAAGAAGUGGGUGAACGAGUUCAGGUAUGGAGGAUUCUCCUUUGGAGCACGAAGUUCUCAGAUUUUACCUUCGCUGAAUGAAGUUAAUAUGUCCGUCACUGAGAUCAGGACACGACUCAGUAUCACAAAGGGGAGUUCCACAGACCGACUGCUGGAAAACAUUACAAAGUUUAUCAAAGGGCUGAGCACAAAGAACAAUACUAAAGUGUGGUUCAACAAUAAAGGUUGGCAUGCUAUGGUGAGCUUUGUGAAUGUGAUGAAUAAUGCAGUACUGAGAGCAAAUCUUCCACCAGGAAAAGAUCCUCGACUGUUUGGUAUUACAGCCUUCAACCACCCACUCAACUUGACCAAAGAACAACUUUCUGAGGUUGCAUUGAUGGCUACCUCGGUUGAUGUGCUUGUCUCCAUUUGUGUUAUCUUUGCCAUGUCCUUUGUGCCAGCCAGUUUUGUUCUCUUCCUCGUCGAAGAGCGUGUCAGCAAGGCUAAGCACCUUCAGUUUGUUAGCGGCGUGAAGCCUGGCAUUUAUUGGCUUGCUAACUUUGCAUGGGAUAUGUGUAAUUAUGCAGUACCUGCCACAAUGGUUGUCAUCAUCUUCAUCUGCUUCCAGCAAAAGUCCUAUGUGUCUGCCUCUAAUUUGCCAGCCCUGGUCCUCCUCCUGUUUCUCUAUGGGUGGUCCAUCACUCCCCUUAUGUAUCCCGCCUCCUUUCUGUUCAGCAUUCCCAGCACGGCCUAUGUGGUGUUGACCUGUGUUAACCUGUUCAUUGGCAUCAAUGGCAGUGUCGCCACCUUUGUCCUGGAGCUCUUCACAGACAAAAAAUUGAAUGAUGUCAAUCGAAUCCUGAAGAAAGUAUUCCUCAUAUUCCCGCAUUUCUGUUUGGGUCGAGGAUUAAUAGACAUGGUGAAGAAUCAAGCCAUGGCAGAUGCUUUGGAGAGGUUUGGAGAGAAGCAGUUUGUGUCUCCACUGUCCUGGGACCUGGUGGGGAAGAACAUGUUUGCUAUGGCUGUCCAGGGAGUCGUCUUCUUUCUGUUCACAAUUCUAUUACAGUAUAAAUUCUUCAUCAAAAUGAGGCCUAUGUCACUGAAGCUUCUUUCUCUGGAAUCAGAAGAUGAGGAUGUAGCCAGAGAGAGGCAAAGGGUCAUGUAUGGCGGGAGUGAGGGUGACAUUCUAGUUAUCAAGGAUCUCACCAAGGUUUACAGAAGGAAAAAGAAACCGGCUGUGGAUCGAUUGUGUGUGGGAAUUCCCCCAGGGGAGUGUUUUGGACUUCUGGGGAUAAAUGGAGCUGGAAAAACAUCCACCUUCAAGAUGCUGACAGGAGAUACUGAGGUCAGCAGUGGUGAGGCCUUCCUUAAUGGAUAUAGCAUUCUAUCCAAUAUCCAGGACGUCCACCAAAACACUGGGUACUGCCCACAGUUUGAUGCCAUCAACAAAUUGUUGACAGGACGAGAACAUCUAGAGUUUUACUCAAGGCUGCGUGGUGUUCCUGAACAUGAAGUUGCUAAGGUCACUGAAUGGGGCAUAAAGAAACUCGGACUCUCCCGCUACGCAGAUAGACCGUCUGGCACAUACAGUGGUGGCAACAAACGAAAGCUGUCCACUGCCAUUGCACUGAUUGGAUGCCCGCCUGUCAUCUUUCUGGAUGAACCUACAACUGGAAUGGAUCCCAAGGCAAGGCGAUUCCUUUGGAAUUGUAUUCUGAGUGUAAUCAAGGAAGGGAGAUCAGUGGUACUGACCUCACACAGCAUGGAGGAGUGUGAGGCUCUGUGCACACGGAUGGCCAUCAUGGUGAAUGGACGGUUCCGCUGUCUGGGCAGUGUGCAACACCUGAAAAGCAGGUUUGGAGAUGGUUAUACCAUCAUUCUGAGGAUGCAUUGUUCUGCACUGGACCUGUCCCCUGUGGAGGAAUUCAUGCUGUGCACAUUCCCAGGAUGUGUAUUGAAGGAAAAGCACCACAGUAUGCUGCAGUACCAGAUACCGACUGGGUGCUGCUCCCUGGCCAAGAUCUUCAGUGCACUCACAAACAACAAAGAAAAGCUAAAGAUUGAAGACUAUUCGGUGUCUCAGACCACAUUAGAUCAAGUAUUUGUCAAUUUUGCCAAGGAUCAAAGUGAAGAAGAAUAUUUAAAGGACGUUGUAACACAUGGGCCACAAUAUAAGGAAACAGUAAAGCGCAUCACAAAUUUUCUAGCAGAUGAGAAUGUGAGAGAGAGUUCAGUAUGAUCUGGGUAUGAAUUAAAUCAUUUCCCAGUUGAACUCAGAAGAUUCCAAAGCACAGUGAGUUGAAGGAUUGUGCCUGGACUGAGCUAUCAGUUACUGGACUAUUGAAGACAGCCCUGUCACCCCUCUGCAAGGAUUCAAUGAACACCACCAUCCAACUUUCAAAGCCUCCCACUCUUCCCCAGCCCAGUCCAUCCCAUCAUCCUCCAUCCUGUUUCAAGUUACCAUCAAUAAACAAGAUAGAAACAGAGGUUUUAUUUUUUUAAUUAUUCCUUUCUGUAUUUGUAUGAAAAAUGAAUCAUGUACAGACUGAUUUAUUUAUAUGGUUUCUUUCUACACUCCAGUACUUUUUAAGCUUUUUAGCAUUUGCAGCCGAUGUUUACCUGGCACUUUAUUCCUGGAGUUUUCUGAAUCUGAAUGGAAUGAAAGCAGGGUGAUGAGCUGCAGUAAACUUUCAUUUGUUUCACCACUGAGGAUCCACAAUGACAAGACUGAAACACAUUGCUGAUACGGGGUGGUAUGCUACCAGGCGAGAGAGUAGAGCAAGGGAGAGAGAGAGAGAGAGAGAGAACUCCAAGCAUUACAGGCUUUUGUUUUUACUGACAAUGUCUGAGGAGAGAGGAAAAGGUAAUUGGAAGGAAUAAUAUGGCACAUUAUGUCUGUUGUUUGGAAUUUGCUUGAUAAUUGUAUCUAAGCCUUAACUAAACUGCUGUGAACAGAGUUGCGGAAGGCAGCCUUAGCUGUGGGGAGCCAUUACCAAUUUCAACUUCCAGGCCCUUCCUUCCCAAUUAAAAGUCAGGAUGUGACAAUUGUGCAUUAAUUUUCAGUAAUUCGGUAGAAGCUGACUUCAAUAAGCCCUGCACUCAACAGGAUUCAUUCAAGCAUUCUCAUCUCAAUAAAUGGUUUGUGAGUUCACAUUUCACUCAAGCGAUCUAUACUGUGCACGGGCUAAACAGCUUCUGCUUUUCUAAAAUAAACAAAUCAUUUAGAGAAGACAAAUUAGUGUAAAAAUAAACUCCAUCCUUAAACUAGCAAAGUAUUUUUGUUCACAACAUCUGUUCGCAGUUAACGUUAACACCCAACACCCAGUCAUAGUUUGUGAUCAAAAAUUGUACAAUUGAAGUGCAAAUUUUAUGAUAGUUUCUCUGAUUUCUGGUUUUCCAAAAUUACGUUAUAAUUUAUGAAGCGUUUCUGAACUACGGUCAUCGUUCUUAAUUAAUUUCCACACAGGAAUCUCUGGCAAAAGAAUAGUAACAAGAAAAUUUGUUUUGGUGAUGUUAAUUGAGAGAUACAAGUAUGAUUUGCCUGCUUUUUAAAGUGGAGCUCUGUGGGAUCUUAAAUAUCCACUUGAGGGAAAAUGCCCUCAGUUUAAUCCCCGAUCUGAAAGAUGGUACAUCCAACAGAUCUCCUUCAAUGGUAUGCUGGUUUCAGCCUGGAUUAAGUGUUGGAGAGACCCAAAACACUCAACACUUAGACUCAGAGAUAAGAAUGUUAUCUUUGGGCCACAACUCACUCUAAAGCAAGGGUUCCCAACACUUUUUAUGCCAUGGACCCCUACCAUUAACCGAGGGGUCUAAGGACCCCAGGGUGGGAACCCCUGCUCUAAAGCAUUAGCAAGAAAGGUCAAGACAAUGAACUGGCACAUGAACCCUUCAGUGUAGCUCUACCCUUGGGGCAGCUUCAUCUAAAAAUGAAUUUGACAGAAAGGGUUCCCCCCCCCCAUCUACUUUUCCCACACCUCAACUGGCUUCACCUAUCACCUUCCAGUUUGUAAUCCUUCCCCCUCCCUGCACCACCUUAUUCUGGCUUCUAUCCCCUUCCUUUCCAGUCCUGAUGAAGGGUCUCAGCCCAAAAUGUCAACUUCAUAGAUGCUGCCUGACCUGCUAAGUUCCUCCAGCAUUUUGUGUGUGAUAUUUUACAAAAAGGGUAUUUUAUUAGGCUGCUACACCAGACUAACUGUGGAAGGUGCAUGUGUAUUUCACAAACAUUUUAUGACUGUUUAUAACUGUUAGCCAAGCAUGAUUCUCCACGUUAACAUGCAUUCAGGAUUUUUGGUCCAAGUAGCAUUGACUUGGUGUAUAAGUUAAUGUAUCAAUAGCUGAUAUAUUUUGUUUAACAAAUGCUUUUCUGUGAAGGCCUUUUACAACCAAUCAGAAGUUCCAAGGGAAGGAAAGGGGAUGGGGUGUAAUUCUAAGUCAGCACACCACAUCAUAUAACAAAAAGCUGUGUGGGCCGGGUCAGUAACUUAUGCCCAGGAAACUGCUUACCUCCUUUAAGAAUGGAAGUUUAGCUUAUGUUUGAUGACAUUAAAGAAAUUGUCUGACUUUAAUCAUUGGAAUGCUGCUUUAUAAAUGCGGAUCUUGGACCCUCCUGACAUUUCAUUUCACUGCAAACAGUAAUUUUACAACCAUGCCAAACCUGCUGCGAGUUGCAUCAGGAGAAGGAAGUUGAAAUUAGUAUAAACACAAGUUUCUGCAGAUGCUGGAAAUCCAAAGCAACACACACACAUUACAUUGAGUUCCUCCUGCAUUUUGUGAGAGAUGAAAUUAAUAAGUUAUUUUAAGUUUCUUUUGAAACAAGCUUUGGGUUGGUCAUGAGGGCCAUAGACUUUCCUGCCCUGGACAUCUAACCCCAGAUCCUGGAAAUUAAAUGACUGUUUAUAACUGACAUGGCAUUAAGUGUACACUAAUGAUAGAGUUAUGUCCAUGUCCACUUUGGCCCAUCACCCUUCAACAAUCCCAUCCAAAUUAAAACUGAACUCAAUAUAGCAGUGAGAUUUAUGCACGAGCUAGAGGCACACACAGCGUAGCUACAUACAAGUAAGACACCCAACUAGGCUGCAGUUCCACAUCCUUGAGCUCAUGUCCACUGUUGAUGGGAGGUUGAUUCAAUGUGAUCUCUUCUCCCUUUGUUCUGAAAGCAGGUAGCCACUGUCAAUACAUAGUACUGUUCCAGCUUCCAGAUCCACUAAUUAGAACUAUGUUGUGUUACUUCCCUUUGAAGACGGCUUCCAUUUGGCAACUGGCCACAACAAGCUGAUUGAGAACAAGAAGCUGGUUAUGUGGGCAAAUCACAAGUGCUGCUAUAUCAUACUGAAAGAAGUGUUCCUAUCCUUCAAGAAAGGUGUUAGUUGUGGCUGAUUAUAAAAACUUAGCAAUGCUGCUGUAUCCUCAGAAAAAGAAUCCCAUCUCACUGCUGCUUCAUGCUAUAGUGAGCAUUCAUUGAACCUUGCACUCUGUAGAUGACUAGCCAUCAAGAAUGCUUAAGGUGAUUCGAGUGGUUCUCUGCAAAAUCUACCUAUCUAUACCAUUCCUGCAAAGUACUAAGUUAGAUAUUUCCCUUUGGUACUGUCUGAUGAUGGAGAAUUACAGAUAAGCCAGUAUUUGAAAACAACCUAAAAAUUAUUUUUAAGUUACAUUCUUUACUGUUUUGCGCUUCUGUUACUUUGCACUUUAGUAUUUGAAGACUGCAAAAAGUAGGAAAAUCAGAAGGAAACAAAAAGCCACAUUGUAUAUAUUGAGAGUGAAGUGAUUAUUAGGGAAUUGUAGGCAAACGUUGAAAGGAAUUGUGACACUGGAAAUUCAUCCAGUUUUCCAUAUUGUCCUGCAGAAAGGAAGAGAAAGUCUGGAUAAGGGGUACUUUUUGUUCAAAAUAUUGGUCAAAUGUGACAAGGGAUAAAUGUCCUUGCCAUUUUUUAAGCAUAAUUGUCUUAAUCACAUGCAGACCCAGUACCCAGUGGGUAUGAAUGGGUUUGGAGCUCUAGGGCUUUUUCCAAAGCCUUAACCUAUGCAACGUUUCCUAUGAAGCCACUCAGGGAUGUUCCUUGCCACCAGUAACACUGGAGAAGCCCAGCAGGAAGGGUAACCCAACACUAGGGUCUUUGCCUGGAAAGUACCGGUCAGAAUUCUUUAUGCACCCUUCUUCUUAACAUCGGAGAAAUAUUUUGAGCAGAAACUACUGAAAAAAAAUUGCUACUGCUUCACUUGCACAAGGUUAUGACUCAAUUUCAUUAUAAUUAUUUUCAUAAUAUUUUGGAGGACAUUUUUGGGGCGGGCUGGAAAGUCCCUGUGUAUCGACCCUAUGUAGAACCUCAUGUGGAUAUCAUUGAAUGCAAAUUGUUUAUUCUACUAAUCUUUGAUCAACUUGAUAAAGAGCUUUCAGGAAGAGGAAGUCAGUUGAUUGCAACCAAGGUGACAGGAGAGGAUCUAUACUUGAACUUAGUAACUUGACCUGGGCAGAAUUAACUAGGAUUCCUGCAUCAAGCUAGUAAUCCCCGUUUGAGAACAUGUGUGGCUCCAGGUGAUACUGCCUCUGUUACUGAGCCCAUUUGAUCCACUGACUUUUAGUGACGAAAUCAAGCUCGGAUAUUUUGAAAACCAAUGUUCAUGAAACAUAAGUGAUAAUGGAAAUGCUGAAGAUCUGAUUCAAAUGAGGUUCAUCCAAAUCACAUUCCAGUGUUCUUAAGGUCAUUUAUUGGGUGACAUAUCAUUUCUUCUGAGUACACAAUGCACAAUAAUAAAGUGUGUGUAUUUGAGCUGAGUUAUAGCUUUUUAAAGCUUCUCUUAAAGUUGCCUCUGUCCCCACUCAUUAUUAAUAUUGUAUCGGACUGUGUACGAAGUUUUGACAAAAUAAAGACCUACA